CGCGCUUGAGUUGGACAACAGCAGCAUAUAGGGGGCAGGUUGUUCCUUCUCUGCGUUUUCUGCUCUUCUUCCUGCGUCCUCUUCUUAGUCAUACCCUUCGUUUUGGCCCCCAAAGCUCUAUUUUUUCUUCUUCUUAUUGUUCAAGGGAAAAAGUAGUCCAUCCAUUUAUCCUUGAUAGAUAUACUGUUUGCGAACCGCUUUAUCAGAGUUUGGGAUUUGAGGUCUUUUGGGAAUAAUCAUGAUGAUGGCUUAUGAAUAGCUACUGAUAACAGACAAAGUCUGUAAAGAGAGUCCCAAAUGGGUAACUGCCUAGAUUCUUCGGCCAGAGUGGAUAGCACCCAGAGCUCCCAUACCACUUCUGCUUCAGGAGCCUCAAAAGUUGUCAGCAAAACCAGCAAUUCUUCUGCUCCUUCGACCCUGACAGUCCCAUCUUACAGUGAAAGGAGUACUGCUGAAAGUUUUCCCACUCCAAGAUCAGAAGGUGAAAUAUUGCCAUCUCCAAGUUUGAAAGCCUUCUCAUUUAAUGACCUAAAGAAUGCUACCAGAAACUUCCGUCCGGACAGUCUACUCGGUGAAGGAGGAUUUGGUUAUGUUUUCAAAGGAUGGAUUGAUGAACAAACACUUGCUGCUGUAAAGCCUGGAUCCGGAAUGGUUAUUGCUGUUAAGAAGCUUAAACCUGAAGGUUUUCAAGGCCACAAGGAGUGGUUGACAGAAGUUAACUAUCUUGGCCAACUUCAUCAUCCAAACUUGGUUAAACUUAUUGGGUACUGCUUGGAGGGUGAGAACCGGCUUUUGGUCUAUGAGUUCAUGCCUAAAGGGAGCUUGGAGAAUCAUCUCUUUAGAAGAGGACCACAGCCACUUUCUUGGGCAGUAAGGAUCAGAGUGGCUAUAGGUGCUGCAAGAGGUCUCUCUUUUCUGCACGAUGCUGAAUCUCAAGUCAUAUAUCGUGACUUUAAGGCUUCUAACAUCCUACUAGAUGCGGAAUUCAAUGCAAAGCUUUCAGAUUUUGGUUUGGCUAAAGCGGGGCCAACUGGUGACAGGACUCAUGUGUCCACUCAAGUUAUGGGUACACAUGGCUAUGCAGCACCUGAAUAUGUUGCUACAGGUCGGCUGACAGCAAAGAGUGAUGUUUACAGCUUUGGGGUUGUGUUGUUAGAACUAUUGUCUGGACGUCGUGCUGUCGAUAAAACAAAAAUUGGUGUAGAGCAGAACCUGGUAGACUGGGCCAAACCAUAUUUGGGUGACAAAAGGAGAUUGUUCCGAAUUAUGGACACCAAGUUGGAGGGCCAGUACCCCCAGAAAGGAGCCUUCAUGGCUGCUACCCUUGCCUUACAGUGCCUUAACACUGAAGCUAAAGUCAGGCCACGAAUGUCGGAGGUUUUAGCAACACUGGAACAGAUCCAAUCCCCAAAAAAUGCAGCAAAACACAUCCAGUCAGAACAGCAUACAGUUUCCAUUCCUGUCCAGAAGUCCCCAUUGAGACAACAGCAUUCUCCACUGAAUCUGACGCCACGGGCAUCCCCAUUGCCAUCCUACAGACAAUCCCCUCGUGUACGUUGAAUGGAGGAACAUUUGAUUCUGUUGGGUAUUAUACUCCUUUGCAUCCAUAGGUUGUUUAUAUUGGAAUGUAAUGAGCAUGUAUUUUUCCAGAAUGUUGUGCCAUAAACACGUGAUUCAUCCUCUGUUUUGUGAAAAUAUGCUAGUUUUUUUGGGUAGUAAUUAGCUAGUUUUAUUUAUUGUAUCAAUAGAGCAGAUAUCAACACCUUCGGAAAGAAAGUUAUGUCCUUGAUUUAGUCAUGAAAAGACAGGUAUAUUUUACA